AUAUCAGGGUCGGGACAGCAGCCCCCAGACUCCCCCCUUGUCCGGAGAGAGGGGCCGGGACCUGGCGGCCUGAGAACGCCUCCUCCUCACUCCCCCCUUCCCUGCUGCCGCCAUUCUUCCUCCCGGAGCCUGGGAGGGGCCGCCCCAGCAGCAGGAAAGCCCUGACACGCCGGCCGGGCUGGGCCGCCUCCUCCCCCUCUCCUCCCCCCUGGCUCCCGCACUGACACAAACUUAUGUGUGUUAUUACCCCCACUUCUCCUGUGUUCUCCGGGUUAUUGGUGUUUGUGUCCCCUGUGGUUGCCCCGUGGGAGCUGCGCGUCCCCCAUGCCGGGCUGGAUGUGACUGGGCGCGGGGGGAGCUGCAACCAUGAGUCGCUGGGUCCCCACCAAGAGAGAGGAGAAGUAUGGAGUGGCACUGUACAACUAUGAUUCUAGAGUACCGGAUGAGCUGAACUUGUACAUUGGGGAUACAGUGCACAUACUGGAGACGCAUGAAGGAUGGUACCGAGGCUACGCUCUCAGAAAGAAAUCUAAAAAGGGCAUAUUUCCAGCCAGCUAUAUUCAUCUUAAGGAAGCCACAGUCGAAGGAAAGGGGCAACAUGAAACCGUUGUACCUUGUGAGAUUCCGCUUGUACAAGAAGUCACGACGACGCUUCGGGAAUGGUCCAUCAUAUGGCGCCAACUUUAUGUACAAGAUAAUCGGGAAAUGUUUAAUUGCGUAAGAAAUAUGAUUCGUGACCUGGUGGAAUGGAGAUCACAGAUCCUUUCGGGAACUCUGCCACAAGAUGAACUUAAAGAACUGAAAAAGAAAAUCACAGCCAGGAUUGAUUAUGGAAACAGGAUUCUGGACUUGGACCUGGUCGUUCGAGAUGAAGACGGUAAUAUUCUAGAUCCAGAACAGACCAGCACAAUCAGUCUUUUUAGGGCACAUGAAAUUGCAUCCAAGCAAGUGGAGGAAAGAAUUCAAGAAGAGAGGUCCCAGAAACAAAAUGACAUCAACAGACAAGCCAAAUUUGCUGCCACACCCUCAUUUGCGUUGUUUGUUAAUUUAAAAAAUGUUGUCUGCAAAAUUGGGGAGGACGCAGAAGUUCUAAUGUCGCUCUAUGAUCCCCUGGAGUCCAAAUUUAUCAGUGAAAACUAUUUAGUGCGCUGGUCAAGUUCAGGCCUGCCGAAAGACAUUGAAAGACUGCAUAAUCUACGGGCUGUUUUCACUGAUCUAGGCAGUAAAGACCUGAAAAGAGAGAAAAUAAGUUUUGUCUGCCAGAUUGUGAGAGUUGGACGCAUGGAGCUACGAGACAACAACACCAGGAAACUAACGUCAGGACUUAGGAGACCAUUUGGUGUGGCAGUAAUGGAUGUGACUGACAUAAUUACUGGAAAAGUUGACGACGAGGACAAACAGCAUUUUAUACCUUUUCAGCCGCUAGCAUUGGAUGACGUCAUCCGACACAAGCAGCUCAACCUAUCAUCCCGUUUUUCACCCAGGGUGGCAGGGGAGAGUGAUUUCCUUCAGACUGUUAUAAACAAAGUGAUUGCUGCCAAGGAAGUUAACCACAAAGGGCAAGGUCUGUGGGUCACCAUGAAGUUGUUGCCUGGUGACAUUCAUCAGAUUAGAAAGGAAUUUCCUCACUUGGUGGAUAGGUCUACAGCUGUGGCACGGAAAAUGGGAUUCCCCGAGAUCAUCAUGCCAGGUGACGUGCGCAAUGAUAUCUAUGUUACACUGCUUCAGGGGGACUAUGACCGAGGCAACAAAACCACAGCCAAAAAUGUAGAAGUCACCGUAUCCGUGUUUGAUGAAGAUGGGAAACGGUUGGAGAAUGUCAUUUACCCGGGGGCUGGUGAUGAAGCCAUUUCGGAAUACAAAUCGGUAAUAUAUUAUCAAGUGAAGCAGCCGCGGUGGUUUGAGACUGUAAAGGUUGCAAUCCCAAUUGAAGAUGUUAAUCGGACUCAUUUACGGUUUACGUUCCGCCACAGAUCAUCCCAGGAGUCUAAAGAUAAGUCAGAGAAGAUAUUUGCCGUAGCAUUUGUAAAACUAAUGAGAUAUGAUGGAACAACACUAAGAGACGGAGAACAUGACCUCCUAGUUUACAAGGCGGAGGCCAAAAAACUCGAAGACGCUGCAACUUACCUCGGUCUUCCGGCCACCAAAAUUGAACUGGAGGAGAAGGGACACUCGGCUACCGGGAAAAGCAUGCAGAAUCUGGGCAGCUGUACAAUUAGCAAAGACUCUUUCCAAAUAGCAACUCUGGUCUGUUCAACCAAGCUCACACAAAAUGUGGAUUUGUUGGGACUCUUAAAAUGGCGCUCAAAUACAAAUUUGCUGCAAAAGAAUUUGCGCCAGUUAAUGAAUGUUGAUGGCGGAGAAGUAGUAAAGUUCCUGCAGGACACUUUGGAUGCGCUGUUUAACAUCAUAAUGGAAAACUCAGAGAGUGAAACAUUUGAUAUAUUAGUAUUUGAUGCCCUGGUAUUCAUUAUCGGUCUGAUUGCAGAUCGGAAGUUUCAGCACUUCAACCCUGUCCUGGAAACUUACAUAAAGAAGCACUUCAGCGCAACCUUGGCUUACACGAAACUGACAAAAGUGCUGAAGAACUACGUGGACAACGCAGACAGGCCAGGGAUAACAGAGCAAGUAUAUAAAGUAAUGAAAGCCCUGGAAUACAUCUUCAAAUUCAUUGUGCGCUCCAGAAUCUUGUUUAUUCAACUUUAUGAAAAUAAGGGAGAAGCGGAGUUUAUGGAGUCCUUACUGCAGCUGUUUAAGUCUAUGAAUGAGAUGACGAGCAGCCAGACUGACCAGACGGUUAUAGUUAAGGGUGCUGCACUGAAAUAUCUGCCCACCAUUGUAAAUGAUGUGAAACUGGUCUUUGAUCCUAAAGAAUUGAGCAAGUUGUUUACUGAUUUCAUUCUGAAUGUUCCGAGAGAUCGCCUGGUGAGGCAGAAACUCUAUUGCCUCAUUGAGAUCGUACACAGCGACCUUUUCAGUCAGCUUGAAUGCAGAGAAAUUUUGCUUCCAAUGAUGACUGAUCAGCUGAAGUAUCACUUGGAAAGCCAGGAGGAGCUUGAAGCAUGCUGCCAACUGCUCAGCAACAUCCUAGAGAUGCUGUACAGGAAAGACGUGGGACCAACGCAGCGCCAUGUCCAGAUAAUUAUGGAAAAACUUUUGAGAACCGUAAACAGAACCGUUAUAUCUAUGGGACGUGACUCCGAGCUCAUUGGAAAUUUUGUUGCCUCUAUGACGGCAAUUUUAAGACAAAUGGAAGACUACCACUAUGGUCAUCUUAUAAAGACCUUUGGAAAGAUGAGAACUGAUGUUGUGGACUUUCUUAUGGAGACUUUUAUCAUGUUCAAGAACCUCAUUGGGAAGAACGUUUAUCCCGCAGAUUGGGUGAUAAUGAACAUGAUGCAGAACAAAGUGUUCUUGCGAGCAAUUAACCAGUAUGCAGACAUGCUGAACAAAAAGUUUUUGGAUCAGGCCAACUUUGAGUUACAGCUAUGGAAUAAUUAUUUUCACUUGGCUGUGGCUUUCCAAACCCAAGAAUCAUUACAGUUGGAGAAUUUUUCAAGCGCAAAGAGAACAAAAAUCCUGAACAAGUACGGUGAUAUGAGAAGACAGAUCGGCUUCGAAAUCAGGGACAUGUGGUAUAAUUUGGGUCAACACAAGAUCAAAUUCAUUCCUGAGAUGGUCGGCCCGAUAUUGGAGAUGACUUUGAUCCCUGAAACGGAAUUGCGCAAAGCCACCAUACCGAUCUUCUUCGACAUGAUGCAAUGCGAAUUUCAUUCCACGCGGAGUUUUCAGAUGUUUGAGAAUGAGAUCAUCACCAAACUGGAUCACGAAGUGGAAGGGGGAAGAGGGGACGAGCAGUACAAAGUGUUGUUUGAGAAAAUACUCUUGGAGCACUGUAGGAAGCACAAAUACCUGGCAAAGACUGGUGAGACCUUCGUCAAUCUGGUUGUCCGACUGAUGGAGAGGCUGCUGGACUACAGGACAAUCAUGCAUGAUGAAAAUAAAGAGAACCGCAUGAGCUGCACCGUCAAUGUCUUGAACUUCUACAAAGAAAUUGAGAGAGAAGAAAUGUAUAUUAGAUAUUUGUACAAACUGUGCGACCUCCACAAGGAAUGUGAUAACUACACGGAGGCUGCGUAUACACUACUUCUACAUGCCAAGCUGCUUAAGUGGUCAGAGGAAGCUUGUGCGGCACAUUUGACGCAGCGGGAUGGUUACCAGGCCUCCACACAAGGACAAUUAAAAGAUCAGCUGUACCAAGAGAUCAUUCAUUUCUUUGACAAAGGCAAGAUGUGGGAGGAGGCCAUUGCCCUGGGCAAAGAACUGGCAGAACAGUAUGAAAAUGAGAUGUUCGACUAUGAACAGCUGAGUGAGUUGCUGAAAAAACAAGCGCAGUUUUUUGAAAACAUUGUGAAAGUCAUCCGACCAAAACCUGACUAUUUUGCGGUUGGAUAUUACGGACAAGGAUUUCCCACAUUCAUUAGAAACAAAGUGUUCAUUUAUAGAGGGAAAGAGUAUGAAAGGCGUGAAGACUUUGAGGCUCGGCUGCUAACCCAGUUCCCCAAUGCGGAAAAGAUGAAAACGACGUCUCCUCCAGGCGAUGAUAUAAAGAAUACUUCCGGACAGUAUAUUCAGUGUUUUACAGUGAAACCAUUGCUUGAGUUGCCUCCAAAGUUUAAGAAUAAGCCAGUCUCUGAGCAGAUCUUAAGCUUCUACAGAGUGAAUGAAGUUGUUCGGUUCCAGUACUCUAGGCCAAUCAGAAAAGGAGAAAAAGAUCCGGAUAAUGAAUUUUCUAAUAUGUGGAUUGAGAGAACCACCUUUUCAAUAGCGUACAAGCUUCCAGGCAUCCUGAGAUGGUUUGAAGUAAAAUCUGCUAACAUGAUUGAAAUAAGUCCACUGGAAAAUGCCAUCGAGACCAUGCAGCUAACGAAUGAGAAGAUUAACGACAUGGUGCAGCAACAUAUGAGUGACCCCAAUAUGCCGAUAAACCCACUCUCCUUACUUCUGAACGGCAUUGUGGACCCUGCAGUAAUGGGGGGAUUUGCAAAUUACGAGAAGGCAUUCUUUAAUGAGAAAUACAUGCAGGAGCACCCAGAGGACCUGGAGAAGAUCGAUAAAGUAAAGGAUCUGAUUGCAUGGCAGGUUCCGUUUCUGGCUGAGGGAAUACGCAUUCACGGAGAAAAGGUCACUGAGGCAUUGAGGCCUUUUCACGAACGAAUGGAGGCUUGUUUCAAGCUGCUGAAAGAGAAAAUAGAGAAACAAUAUGGCGUUAGAACUCUGUCCUCCAGCAUUGAUGAAAGGUGGGGAAAUCGACCAAGAUCCAUGGUUAGAUCGUUCACUAUGCCAUCGUCAUCUAGACCGCUAUCUGUGGUCUCUAUAUCCUCCGUGUCAUCAGACAGUACACCUUCAAGACCAGGCUCUGAUGGUUUUAUUCUUGAACCACUCUUACCAAAGAAGAUGCACUCCCGCUCCCAAGAUAAAUUGGACAAAGAUGAUCUUGAUAAGGAAAAGAAGGAGAAAAAGAAGGAGAAAAGGAACAGCAAGCACCAAGAGAUAUUUGAUAAAGAAUUCAAAGCGACCGAUAUUCUGCCCCAGCAGUCGGAAGCUGUCAUCCUUUCUGAAACCAUAAGCCCCUUGAGGCCCCAAAGACCGAAGAGUCAAGUUCUCAGUACUAUUGCCGGUGAUAGGCGAUUCUCUGUAUCUCCGAACCAGGCUUCCGUACAACAGCCUCCGCCAGUCACUCCGAGAGCUAAGCUCACAUUUAGCCCACCUCUAGGCAUGGAACAAAAUGGCGUCACGGCUGUUGAACCAAUGGACGUUCCUCCACCACUACCACUAAAAGGAAGUAUGGCAGACUACGGCAAUGUCAUGGAAAGCCAAGAGUACAUACAGCCUGCUACACCCCCACCGCCGCCCCAGAGGCACCUGCCACCUCCACUGCCCAGCAAAACCCCACCGCCACCCCCUCCGAAGACCACGAGAAAGCAGAUCUCCGUGGACGCCAGCACCACGCAGUAGACCGCACGCCACUCUCUGAAUGUACAGCUCGCUACGGUUAAUUUUGUAGAAUUUACCUCAUUUGGGCCGCAGUGUUUUCCUUUUCCUCCGUUGUGCAAUCAUCCUAGAUGAAAACAGUAAUUUUAGAGUUAACGAAACGUAAAAUAAAGACAACCACAAAAAAAGCAUUGUGUGCUACUCAGUUGUGGAUACUAAUUUAUGUAGUGUAAUACUAAGGGAGCAACUUAUAUACAAAGCAAGAUUUAAAAAAAACGGAUGUGAGUGACUUAUAGGAGUAUUGCUACGAAUGUCGGUCAGUUCCUUUGUCAUCAUCUUGUACAGAAGUUUGUAUAUAUAUGAUUUUUUUUUAUUUUUAGGUUGUUUUAUUUUUAUUUUUUUAUUAUUAUGUUACUUGUUUUUAUUGUACUAGACCCAUUCAUAUUAAAUACUUACCCUCUUAGGCAUUUCCUAUCAGCCACUACUGCUGAGGAUGCAUAGACAGAUCGGUAGCCCUAGCUGUGCCAACAGAUAACUAGAAUCAUGUGUAGAUUUGCCUUUUAAUUGUUACAUUACAGUGAUAAUGUUAUUUUCUGUAUAUGUAUUCUGCCAUUCCGUUUUAUAAUCACCCUGUAGAUUUUGUUACAUAUAACUGACUAAAAAAAUAAAAAUAUGUUUUAAAA